CAUGAGCAUUAAGUUAUUCAAGGAUUCACGACUGUGCUGUUAUUUGAGUGACUAUAUCUCCAUUCAUGGUAUUAAAACAAUUUAUCCAAAAGAUUUCAUGGUCGUGCUUUUAUUUGAGUAACGGACAAACGUAUGUACACAUGUAAAUCUGUAUAACUUCUCUCAUCAUCUGUAAACACAGCCAUGACAAUAGCAGAGAGAGACUUGAAGAAAAGCUAUUGUCCUCCGGACAGCUGUUGGUACGUGGAAACAUCUUCGUGAAGAAAGCGGAGGUGUUAUUCAGCACAGAUGAGGCGUAAAAAGGAUAAGGUGCGCGGGCCAUGAAGUCUUACAGAAUACCACUAACAAGCGUUAUUUGUGUACUUUCCGUUUUUACUUUCAUUACCCAAAUAUUGGUUCUUCUUCACAGCAAUUCCUAUGCUGUUUACAAAUGUUCAAGAGAAAAUAGGGAAAAGAUAACAGACCCCGGAUAUCAACAAAAGUUUAACAACCUAGUGUCAUACAGGGAUUAUCUUAAUAAGCCAUCUUCAGAUUUGACAAAACUUCAUUCUGCAUGGCGAAAAGAAGCUACUAUAUUCCACCUAGUCCCAGAGCAGAAAAGAUAUUUGACGAUAGGCAUUCCAACAGUUAGAAGGGUGGGCGACGAGUAUAUAAUGAAAACCAUCAAAUCCAUAGUGAACUUCACGAGGACAGGGGAACUCAGUGAAAUCUACAUUGUGAUUUUCCUUGCAGAUUUUAAUGAAACUUGGACAACAGACAUUAGCAGGAGGAUUUACGAAUCAUAUUCAGACCUCAUCACCUCCGGGACUCUUGUUGUGAUCCGCGCCUGGAAAUCGUUUUAUCCUCCAUUAGAUAAUCUAAAACAUACUUACAAUGAUAAUGAUAAUAAGAGGAAAUGGAGAUCGAAACAAAAUGUUGAUUAUGCUUUUAUAUUCCUAUAUAGUCAAAACCUGUCAACCUAUUACAUCCAAAUGGAGGACGAUAUAUUCACAGUUCCAGGAUAUCUUCAAGUAAUCAAAGAUUAUGUUUCAGAAUUCACAACUUCAUGGACAUGUUUAGAAUUUUCAGAACUUGGGUUUAUAGGCAAACUCUAUCAUUCUUACGACCUUGAAAAACUUGCAAAAAUGGUGCUAUUGUUUUAUGAAGAACAACCCUGUGACUUCACUUUUCUAUAUUUUAACCUUCAGAUGUUACAAUUUACUCGAUACAUUCGUCGACCUACAAUAUUCCAGCACGUUGGAAUUCGAUCAUCACUUCCCGGAAAAAUUCAGCCUUUAAAAGACAGAUACUUUGACAAUUUAGACAAAUCAUAUAAGGGAGACAACCCUCCCGCAAAAAUAUAUACAAACAUGGAUAUAGAACCAUCCUUCAGUCCAGAGAUGGCGUACAGCAGAGAACCAGGUUACUUCUGGAGUAAAGGCAAUGGGAAAACAAAUGACUGGUUAAUAGUCGUGUUUGAUGAACCCCAGAGAGUAGACAGUAUAAUUAUAGACACCGGUUCACGUGAACACCCAGAAGACAAAAUCGAACACGGUAAAUUACAGGCCAGCCUAAGUUUAGUGAGUGUGUCCUCGUCUCAACCUAAGUGUACAAAUGAUAUAUUUUUAGGAUACUUUGAGGAUGGGGAUAUUAAAGUGGGGAAUUUGACGUCAACUCUCGGACCUUUUAAGAUUCAUUGUGUGAGUAUCAUUUUAACAGAAUCACAGAGCUGGUGGAUAAUCAUCAAAGAAAUCGCCAUUUUUGUUGCAGCCUGACAGAUGCUUGAUAACCAUUAAAUUUGUCUAAGAAAUAAAUACUCACUACAUGUACAA